UUAGAAAAAUACAGCUGGUUUGGAUAUACAAGAUUGUACAAAAGGUAUAAGUUGCUCCUUUAUCUAUAGUUCAAUUAAGACGCUCUACUUCGUGUUAUACUUGGUGGCUGAUGUGUAGAAACAACCUGUUGCUGUAAAGUUGGGACCUAAGUGCUCUUGAAAACUUAGGUAGAGAGUAUAAAAUCAGGCUAGAUGGCCUCUUCAAGUACAAGCCGAGGCCAGAGUGUCAAAUGGGCUCAGCUUGAUAUGGAGGAAGUGUUCUCUGCUGACUCUCUCCAAACACAUUUCAAAGCCAUUGGUGAAAAACGCUUCUUCCGUAAAGACAGAACACUUCCCGAAUCAUUCAAAUUUCCUGACUUCGGUGCACAUGAGCUUCAACCAUCCGCUAUAUCAAGCAUAUGUGCUUCGCUGAUGGAUAAUGUAAGCCGCACCAUCAUAUCACUGAAUGACAUUCCCUCUGUCCUUGUGGCUGAGGCAAUGUGCUCUGUAUGGCACCAGGUAUUACAUUGUGCUGGGACGGAUUUGCUCAGUAGCACCAACGUAAAGAGAGUGUUGACGUCCAUGAAGGAAGAGAUGAAGAUUGAGUCAGACGAUUCUUUGGAAGAGAUAAAGAAGGAGGGUUCGGAUGAAAAGAAAACAGCUAAUGAUGUGCUCAUCGAGACUGGUAUUAGAACUGGACUAACGGUUGUGUUCUCACUGUUAAAGCAAGCCUGGUCACAAAUUGCGUGGCAGAAGCAAAUCGAGCAGGCCAUCUCAGCAUCUGGAUCUAUCGUUCCAUUUGGGGGACAGAUGACCACUCAUAUUAGCCUCCCUAAUGAAGUUUUGAAGUCCGUGUUAGACAUUUUGAAUACCAUACCUCCACUUGCCCUUAGCAACCAAAAAUCACUUUCGAAACUAAGCAUAUCUUGUCUCGAGCAAUCUACUCAAUUUCUCGAAUGGAUUUUGAAACCCGACUCUCUAGUUGAUGCCAAUGGAAAGAGGCUGGCCAGUGAGAUCACUCUUAGUCUGGUUUUGCAGCAGGGCAGCCUUGUAGCUCUGAUGGAGUGGAUUGGCAAGACCCUAGUCUGUCUGGAAGGCUACGUUAUGGUAGGAGAGGAUGUGCCACGUCCUUGCCUGUCUCUAGAGUUCAGUGAGAGUACAAUUGAGGAGAUCAGGAAACGAACGCAACUUGGCUCUCCGUCUCCUGACAACAAGGAACCUCCCCAGUCCUUCCAACCGAGGGAUCUCACACCAGACGGCAAUGUUAGACUCAUUGACUUUCUCCUCUUCCUCACGAAGGAGCUCUCCAAUACCUGUCUAAACUGCACUUCAUAUUUCCGUGAUCAAAACAGCACAAAUGCCAGUCCUCACGAUGAAGGGCGGUUCCUGUCUGAGACUUGUGAGGUGUAUGCGUUUGGCAGCAAUAGUAGUAGUCAACUGGCCAUGGGCUCCACUGAGAAGUUUUUAAAGGCCACUUCUAUGCAGCAUAUGUCCAAUGUGCAAGUGGUUCAUGCUGGUCAGUAUUGUUCCUUCCUCAUAUUUGGUGAUGGAUCAGUCAAAGCUUGUGGAAAGGGCAGCUAUGGUCGACUUGGUCUUGGCAACAGCGAGAAUCAACCCAACCUGCGGUCAGUGGGAACCUUCUCUGCCAACACAGUGAUUAGGAAGAUAGUAUCGUCCAAGGGCUCUGAUGGUCACAGCAUGGCCAUCACUGCCGAUGGACAAGUCCUCAGCUGGGGAGAUGGUAACUAUGGCAAACUUGGACACGGAGAUAUUGCCACUCAGAAGACCCCCAAAAUAAUUUCUGCUUUCACUGGAAAGAUGGUGAUGUUUGUAGCGUGUGGCAAUCGACACAGCGCUGCAGUGACUCUGGAGGGAGAGCUCUACACGUGGGGAGAGGGUGAACAUGGCAGACUGGGUCAUGGCAAUGUGACAAGUCAGAAGUCACCUACCAAAGUGGAGUGUGUAUCAGGAGUGAAAGAGGUGUCAUGUGGAGUGGCUCACACUCUGGCUCUCAGCUCUGAUGGACUCACAGUCUGGUCGUUUGGAUCGGGGGACUCCGGCAAACUUGGCCAUGGAGACACCAUUAAGCACACUACACCAACGGUGAUUGAGGCCCUACGAGGUAUGGUGUGCCAGAGAGUGUGUGCCGCCAGUCAAUUCAGUAUCGUGCUAACAGCCGGAGGGAAGGUGUACUCAUUUGGUAAUGGCAGUGGUGUGGGCAAAGGCACCACCGAGCCUCGUCAGUACACGCCCUGGCUCAUUGAGCCCCUGGAGGGUGAGAUGAUCAUCGAUGUGUGCACUGGCGACGGACAUUGUCUCGCACUCACUCAGAGAGGUGAGGUGUAUGCGUGGGGCACCAACAGUAUGGGUCAGUGUGGGCAAGGACACAACAACGGGUCCAUAACCACCCCAGCCAAGGUGCAGGGAUUAGAGGGCAUCCAAGUGCAACAGAUCAGUGCUGGAACCUCUCACUCCAUUGCAUGGACUGCCAUGCCCAUCAAUAGACGGGCCAGUGCGAUGUGGCAUUGGCCGUACUGUGUGAGUGUGACUGAGAAGACCUUUCAGAACUUCAUUGCUCUCCUCACAAAGUACGGAGAUUUCACCUCUGAGCACCCGGUUCUACCGUUUCCAAACAGAGAAGCCCAAGAGCUGUUCCUCCACUCAGUGCUGACCCUUACCAGCAUUCACAUCAGUUUAGUGGCACCACUGGGACCUUCCUGUGUGCGUAUGGCCUGUGGACGUCAGGUCAAGCCACUCAGAAACUUGCUUUUCAAGUUCAUAGACUCACAACUACCUACUGCACUCGAUAAGGUUACAGGCGAGGCUCUUGAUGUCGGCUCCUCAGUGCUCCUCCCCCCAGUGGCAGACCGGGUCUCUCUCUUACUCUCUUUACUCCCUCACGAGCCGUCACAACUCUCAACACUCUCCACUGGACAGCGUCACCAGCUGAACAUCCUCCUACAAGGGUUUUCUGACAGAAAUGAGUUUGUAGGGCUAAUCUACGAGGGCAGAGAUAAAGAGAGUAUUCCUAAUCCGUACACCGACAAACUCAACGCUCUCUGUCGGAGAAUGAUCAGCUACCUACACUUUUCAGUGAUCUCCACUCUUAAUGAAACAGCUCUGAUUUCUGACCUUGAGACCGGCUCCCCCCUUCUCAAGACCUUUGAGAAGUUCAUUGUGUCAGUACUGAUAGUGAGCAUGACGUGGAUAGAGAAACAGUUAAUGGCUGAAGAGGAACAACUGCCAUCCUGCUGGGUCUCAAAUAAAGGAUCAGAACUCUAUGCCAAAAGAGUUGUUGAGAAGCAUUUCACUCUGUUCUACGAUGUCCUCAAAGAGCACUCGAUGGUUCUUAUCAAGGAGCUUACUAUCCUGGCCAGAAGCAGUGGUGACCCUGUGGCGUUUCUUAAGCGAAAGAAGGACAUCCUCCUGGGUUUCCUGUGCUACCAGUUGCCCAUCCACGUGUGUCUGUCCACCAGACAUAAGAGUGGCAUUGAUGUCACCUUCUCAAUGGGGGAUGUCCUCCUCGAGUUAGCUGGGUAUGUCCACUCUGUGGUGGAUCUGUAUCCAGCCAACCUCGUGGAGCAGACAGAGAGGAGAGAGCUGCUCUCAGAGCCAGUCAAGAACAUGUCUACCAAUUUGAAAAAUGUUUCGGAGCUUGACCUGCUUAGACUACGUGGUCUGGAGCCCUCUACUUGCACAACAUUUAUGGAUUUUGAGAGACUGCUUUGUAGGAGGGCAGCGAAACUCACCAAACACGUUUACGCUUCAAAGACAAGCUAUGAAGGUGAUGAAUGUGGUACCGUCUCUUCCAAAGACAAGCCCUCCAUCUUCAAUUCCCAUUUUCUCUGCAAUGGCCUGAUCGGGAAUGAACAACAAGUGGCAGAAGCUUUCACAACAUGGGUGUCACUAUGCUUGCAUAUGCCUGGCUCAGCUGAAAAGUUGGCGAAACUCUACUCCACUAACCUUGACCAAGACGGUAGUGAGCCACCAGACGACUUGAAGCCUGAUGAAGACUACUAUCAUGACUACUUGGUCCUGGCUUCAGUGUUGAAGCUCAUGUUUGAGGCCGAACUACUGCCCAAGAAGAUAAGUGACAUCAAACCGUGUGAACUGAGCCAGUUGUCACCACUGCUUUCACUGGCUGUUGGGUCAAAGGUCAACAAGCAGGCGACUGAACUCUAUGAUCGCAUGAUGGAGUUGGCAUCCUUUAAAGAUUGGAACACGUGCAGUGAUGAAGAUGCAGUGCCCCAACUGAGACAGGUGUCCUGUGCAGCUCUGGCUUGCCUACUCAAGCACACAGGGCUGUUUGCCUACGCUGCUAAUUGCAGUUCUCGACCUAAGAAGAGGCUGGCCGAUGUAUAUCGCUCUGUAUUCUCCAUUCGUCGAGAGGUGUUUAACAAUCGCCCAGUGGCAGAUUCAAAGGGAGAGGUUUCGUCGGCCGACAGGGAGCAGUUCCAGAGCUCUUGUAACAUGAUCUGUAUCAACCUCAUGUUCAUCACUUGUCUCGUGGACGCUGCCAUGCCAGAGGAGUCAGAACCUAUAGUGCCUCAGAUAGGCACGACCAUGACGUCAGGAACCAUCGGUGCGGAUGAUGCUCUUCGUAGCCCUGACAGCAUCAUACAGCGAGCGUUGUCCAGCAAAGACCCUCCCAUGAGACUGCUUUCCCAUCCAGGUGUGCAGGAGGUCACCUCAGAAAGGAGUAUACUUAGCACAGAGCGUCCCAGUGUGGAGCACAGUUCCAGCAUCAAUCCACUCUCACACACUUCCCAAGAGGGGUGGUCCCUGCCUGCAGUCAAACAGGCGCUCUCUCACUUACGUUGGCAGCGUGAUCGCCUUCACCAUCUUCACUCUAGCACUUCACACGGCCCAGACUCCCCUCUGGCCAAGACAUGCUCUGUGGUGGUAAACUGUGCUGUGGGGCUAUUCAAUCAUGAGGCUGACGACGAGGCUUAUCUGGACAGGGCCCUUAUUGUCCAGCACAUGCUCAUUCAGCAACGGAGGGCAUUGAAGCGUAAAAGUGCACUGCAGAGGAUGGUGGAGUUUCUGUCUCGAACUGAGAGCUCUAACUAUGUCCUACCCUCGUCCAAACUGUUGUUUAUGAGCACAUGUAUGGCUCACAAAAUUCACUACUCUGAUGGCAUUGUGGUGGCUCCCAGUGUUCUGCAACACGAAGUCAAGAAUCUGAGUCACAGCUUACUGGACAAGAUGGUCAAGGAAUUCACCAUGGUCAAGACUACUUAUGCACUGUCUCAACGCAGUCUGAUGCUAGCCCUCCAGUGGUCCACGUUCAACUACCAGCCCGGGGACCUCCUUCUCCUGUUUAGCAGUAACCUAGACCUCUACACCAAGGUAGUCUCAUGGUCUGGUGUGAUUAGCUCAUGCCUGGAUCCUGUCACUCCAUCCUGCUCCCGUCUGGCCAGCAGAGUGAGACUGGCCUGUGUUCUCAUGAGUCAGCUACUUUCAAUGGAAGUGGGUGUGCACUCAGAAGUACUCAAGUCCAACCCGGAGAUAUUGUCGCUGGUCGCAAAGCACUUGUUUUGUCAACUGGAAAGUUUUGUCAACAACAAGGACCCUGAUAUGAGCAGAAGAUGGGAGGCCGAAGAGUAUACUGAUGAGGAGAGGGAAGAGAUGCUUGGAGAGUUCCUGACCUUCGUCAACACCCUGUCUGCCACCCACGAGACCAUGAGGUGUACCCUCGCCUCAGACCCGUGGUUUCUCAUGCUACUCCGGAUCGUCGAUGUUCACCCCGACACAGGUAAGCCUGUGAUAAGAUCAUUGAAGACUCGUCUGCUUGCCCUCCAAGCUCUUGGUGCCAUCAUGGUCAAUCUCACCGACACCUCCCCUGAGGCACAGUCCAAGUGUUCCAAGAUUGUAGAUGACCUUCUUGAAUUGAUGUCACGAUGUAUGUUUCAAGCCCCGAUAGCCGAGUUCAAUGACACUCUAGACACUAGCCCACUUGAAGAGCAGCCCCCUCCUAUUCCUGAGCGCAGACCUCGGUUGGCUCCUUUCCUUGUUGACCCUGUGAACCAAGACAGGUGUACAGUGACCCGUGAGGAGGAUGACAGUCAGCUGUUCACCAUGAUAGAGGGCACUGGCAGUAGUGGCUAUGCCAUGGGAAUUUCUGCACUCACUGGAAAACACCAAUGGCAGGUCAAGGUGACGAGUGUUAGUGCUUCAUUCUGUGUGGGUGUGGGUCAGAAGCCUCUCACUGACCUAGCCACGAGCACAUCUGACCAGUUCUGGCUGUACGAGUCUCACACGGGGCGCCUUGUCCAUGGCGGCGAGACGGGGGACCUACUUCCCAGCCUAUCUAGGGGGGAUACACUCAAGGUGGUGUUUGACAAAGAGGAAAAGACAUUGUCUUUGACCAAGAAUGAGGAGAAUGAGAUUGUGGCAUUUAGAAACGUGUACAAAGAAGGGAAGGAUUUAUUCCCUGUGUUCCUGUUCAACCGCAGUCACAAUACUACCAAGAUUGUGGUGGAUUCGUUUUCCUCUCAUAUUGGCUCUGUACAGAGUGCUCUCCCAAUGGGAGGUGUGACAAGCUCUGGGUAUCCUCUCCUCAGCCCUACCAGUACUACACUGGUGCAGGCCGUGGUCAGCAUGCUGUAUCAGGUCCAGCACAAACAGCCAUGGAGUAAAGCCAUCACUAAUGUGCUGAUUCGCCGACUGUCAGAGACAGAGAACAUCGUUCACCGACUGCUAGACUUUCAGACUGAGUUGAUGAUCAGUGAGGCUGGAAAUGAUGCCCUCUUUCUGCUCUCUCAACUGCUCUCACGGCUCACCAAGUUUGUGUGGCCUUGCCUUGCCCUGGUGGGAGGCAUGGAGACUGGUUUCUGCCUUGGCAAGAAGUGUCAGCUCAAGCACAAAGAUGAGCAGAUUACUGGGACAAUAGUAUCCAUUCCGGAUGCUCACGGCCUCGUGAAGGUGCAGGGAAAAGUGCCAAAUGAUAUGAAACGAAGAUCGUGCAGUCUUUCGGAUCUUAAACUAGUCCCUGGUGAUAGCUUCUCUUUGUCUCUGCUUCUGGACCACCUCACUCCAGCUAUGCUCACCACUCUGGCGUAUCUAGCUGGCUUUCUGGACCGGGAACACUCUCUGCAUACCAUCUUACAGUCUGUGCAGGACGCAGCUAAGAGAGUCAUACCACUGGAUGUUGCCCAGAGUAUUGCCUAUCAGCAACUUUGUGGCUCACUGUUGCAACUGGCUGCUACCAAGACCCUUCACACUAUUCUCUAUGAUGAGUCCAUUGUCAAACUGCUCACUUAUCAACCCCCUUCAAUGGAUACAGUUGUCCUGGGUGACUAUGUGGACAAGACUGAGCUGUCGGUUUCCAUGAGAGAGGUUCUUAGAUGCCUGGCCUGUCGAGCCAUCAAACCAUCCCCUCUCAGCCCAGCACUUAAACUGCAUGAGCUUGAGAGACUCCUCUCCUUGCUUGCACAUCAGACUCUCUCCUCAAUUGCCGAAGAUAUAUCCAAACAUGAUGUAGUAAAGGCCAAGCCUGUCUGUCAGUCUGAAGCCACUACUACUUCUGAAGUAGCUAUACCCACUAUCAGCAACAAUGCUCCUUCCAUCGAAGACACUGGGCAAAUAGACGGCCUACCGUUAAUUUCAGACCAGGCUCAUGACCUGUCUGAAACACUUUCACUCAGUUCUAGCUCUGACGGCAGCCUUGAGGAUUUGUCUCCAGCAGUUCAAGAGUCUCAACAGCAAGCACGUGCACCCACCCCACCCAUUGUCAAUACAUUCAUGGAUAUGGGAUUCUCACGGGCCCAAGUCAAUAUUGCUCUUAACAGAUGUGAAGUACCGAGCAACUCAACAGAGGAGGCUCGUAUGCAACUGUUAGUCAGCUGGAUCAUUGACCAUCCCAAUGCAGUGGCUGAAGAGGAGGCGGCGGCUGAUGAGCCCGGAGAUGCAGUGAGUGCCGAGGAAGAAAGACAGAGAGAGCAGCAACAACAGCAGCAACAAGAAGCUGACAGGAAUGCUGCCGCCGACGAAUUCCUCUCUAUUAUGAUGGAUCCAGGGAUGUCUCCCUCUACAUCAGAAGUUGUGGAACAAAAGUCCAUAAGCCAUGCUCCUGACCUUCUUGAUGGUCCUGACAUUGAAGAAGAAGUUCCUGAUGUGAGUCUCAGUGGAUUAGACAGCUCUCCUCAAUCACUCAAGUCACUCCUCUCUGCACUCGGUCUGUCAAAGAAAAACCCAACCCCUAGACUGUUUGAAUUUCCUGCUGCCGAUCCCCUAGGCACACGCCUGUGUAAGACUACUACUGAGGAUGACUCUACUGACACUGUUGAAGCUGAAAAACCUACUGAUAGCUCCGAUGAUUCAAAUUCGCUCAGUCUCAGUAAAACUUGUGAAAAUGUCGCUGAACAAAUCACUAAGUUAAAAAACCUUGAUGAACACUUGGUGGCUCUAGAUCGAGUGUCUGCUGCUACACAGACCCUAGUAGCGCGUCGCAUCAUAAUGCUAGUGAUUGCAAGCUUAUCAACACAGGGCUCUACCACUCUUAUCACCAGUCUACAGUCCGUAAACUUGGACAGUAUUCAGAGUUUAGUUAGACUCCUUCGACUUGUUGACGCCGGACGUAUUGAUGGCAGACCAGGGGAUUCAUUUUCAGUUGUCACACCUUCUAGUCUCUUACCACUCAAAGGACUGGACUGUCUCAGCAGUGCUAUCACUACGGCUGUUACACAAAGUCACGGUAGUGGCAAACAACUCAUGUCCUCGUGCUCUCGAGACCUACUGGCUGCUGCAGUAGGUGGUGCUGAGCUUUUCCAGCAAGCUGGGCAAAGGCGUCGGCGACAAAGAAGACAUAUUGGCACUGAUGAAGGAGCCAAAUCUGAUAUCUCGAUUCUCACGAAUCCAAAUUUUUCAGUUACUCGUAAUCUGGUGCAGACACUAGCCAAGUCUACUGGUCAAUUAUCACUAAGCGUGAACAGUACCGGGAUGCUGCAGAUUAUCGAUGCUCUUGCUGCCUGCUUGUUCUCAUCCAAACUCAAACCGGAGCACAGAUUUUGGGCACUUGAACAGCUUCUGGAAGUGUUCUCAAGAGGAAAAAUUGGAAUGGACACCUCAUCAGUCAUCGUUAAAGACGAAUCCCAUGCUGUCUCCUGUCAAUUGGAACACCUUGUUGGACACAAGGGCCAAAUCAUGAACUGCUCCGUCAGCAAAUCUGCCAAUGACCGAGUUCAAAAAAUCAUCUCCAUUGGAGAGGACAAUUCAGCUAUACUGUGGGAUCUUGAUAGCGGACUCACUACACCCCAAACCACCACCCUCACAUUCUCCACACCCUCACAAGAGCCACGCAGCUCACCACAGCUGGAAAAUGGUGGACUAAUGCUCCCCACUCUCACACAAAGUUUCAGUGGUACGUGCAUGGCUGGAGCAGUGGACAACAUGCUGUGUGUGUGGAGGACAAGAGAUGGCAAGACUGCAACUGAGAGGUUCGCUGACCUAAUCACUGCUCUCCAAUGGAAGCCAGCCCAGAAAGGAAGUGAGACCCCUGUGCUGCUGGUUGGGCUCAUCAAUGGUGGGGUGGAGAUGAUUGAAGUGCUGAGGGACUCGGGAGCUUCUGCUUCACCUCCAGAGAUUCAAACAUCGAGGAUUGAAGCCAGAGGUACAGCUGGGGCGGUGUGCUGUGUGACCUGGUCCCCAAGCAGUAGUGCCUUUGCCGUUGGCUCCACUGCUGCUGUGGUUCAGGUGUAUGUGGGCGCUGGUUGCGAGUACAGUGUUACUACUGAGAUCAAGGAGAUACAGGUGCAGUCUAUGUGUUGGAGUCCUGAUGGCUCUUUCCUGACAACACUGGAGAAAGAUGGGGUACUCAAACUAUGGGAUGUGUAUGGAGAGUUGCCCACUGUGAUACACUCUUUCGAUGCCUACCCUACCAGCUUUGUGCAGUGGCAUCCUGUAGUCAGCUCAGCUGGAAGCAUGCUGUUAGCAAGUGGAUCAAAGAACGGCUCAGUUCACUUGUGGACUAUUCGUGGCAAGCGUCCAUCCGAUCUCCCUGAGAGUGAAUCCAACCAAUCAUAUCACAGAGGUCUUGUCAGUCAUGUGACCUGUCUGGAGGGCCACCCUGCUCCAAUCACUAGCCUCGUUUUCAAUGAGGAGGCCUGUCUCUUAGCAUCUGGCUGCAAGGCUGGAUCAGUGAGAGUCUGGGAUCUUUACAGCUUCAGACUGUUAAAGUAUGUUGUGAGAUCAGUAGGUGAAGUGUUGAACAUGUGCUGGACUGACUACGGCUUGGCUGUGUGUUACAACAACACUUGUUCACUGUGCAUCCUUCCUCCAUCACCCCAAGACUACACUAGUGAGCGUUGCCUGCAAAGCUGUCUGCCCUCCCUGCACUCACUGGGCAUAGUGGACCUGGACAAGGCCCCCUGUCUCAUGGCCCUGCUCAAGAACCUGCAUCUGGUACUGCACGAUCAAUACAGCUACGAAGAGACUGAGAUGACAUCCUCACAGCAGUUAGUACACACUGAGUACCUUCAGUUGCUCACCUCCCUCACUGUGGGCCUAGGUCUUCACACUGUUCUCCUCUCAUCCCCUCACCCUCCACACCUCACGCCACCACCUCUCGCGAAUGACUGGACUUGGCUUGCCAACUUCACACAGGCUGUGAAGAUGGCUGACUCACUAUGCAAGAGAACCCCUCUUCCUGAAGGCAGUGGGUUCACUCUCCCUGCUGGUGUGGAGCCUCUCCCAGAGAUAGAGAAAUAUCGAACCACUGACAACUCUGUGUGGACACUGUCCAUGGACUCCCAGAUCAUGGAGUGGUUGUGUCAGCGACCUCAGGACUGGUGGGCCACUGGCAAGUCAAACGUGUACACCUGGGGCAAGGGCUCCUGGAACCAGCUGGGUCACACCACCUCGGAAAGAGGGAUGCCUGCUGUCGUUGACAACUGGAAUGAUGUACAACAGAUUGUUGCUGGAAGUUACUGUACGUAUGCUGUAAAGUUUGAUGGCUCAGUGUCUUCUUGUGGCGAGGGCUCCUAUGGCAGAUUGGGGCACGGAGGCUCUGAGAGUGAGACUGGCAUGAGAAAUAUCAGUGCACUCCAAGGCAUUCCUAUAGUGCAGUUGGUUGCAGGUCCUCGUAUCAGUACAACCACAGACGAAGGGUUUGCUAUAGCCCUCACUGAGACAGGCAAUGUCUAUAGCUGGGGCAAGGGCUACAAAGGUCGUCUGGGCCAUCAAGGGAGUGACAAUGUCCGAUCUCCAAAAUUGAUUGAAGCAUUUUCAUCUGUGGAUGUGGUAAUGAUUGCUGCUGGUGAUUACCACUGUGCUGUUGUGAGCUCUCAAGGGGAGCUCUACACGAUGGGGUCUAAAGAUAAUGGGAAACUGGGCAGAGGCUCCUCCUUACCCACGUCAUCCAGAGGCAAUGUCACCGUGGGCAAGGUGGAUAAGUUCUUUGAUUCUAAUGAGACUACACAGCUGCUGAACGAUGUCAAGAUUGGAUACGUGUCCUGUGGGCAGUAUUUCACUCUGGCCAUAUCCAAGGAUGGUUCUCAAGUGUUUGGAUUUGGAAAGUCUGAUGACUCAGCUCUUGGUAACGCCAGCAUCACCGGAGGUCAUCAACACCCUUUUCUCCUUGCCCAUCUGAGUGUUUACGGCCCUUUCACCAAGUCAGUGUCAGGCAACAGAGCAUCAGCUCUGCUCAAUGCAGAGGGCAAAGUCGUCUGCUUUGGUAACCUGGUAGAGGGUGGUGGUGGUAAUGCAAUGGAGGCUAAUAUCAUGGAAUUCCCUGACAACGAGAAGAUAAUCGACCUAGCCACUGCUGCUCAAUAUAUGAUGGCACUGUCUGAGAAUGGCAAUGUCUACUGCUGGGGGAAAACAGCGUUCAGGUCUACUACCACCCACACCACCCCCCAGUUGAUGGAGACGCUGGUUGGGAAAGGACUGAAGCAGAUCAGUGCAGGAGUGAGACAUGGUGCUGCGUCAGACACCAUCCCUCCCAUUAGAGGUUCCAUUAACAUUCGAGCACCGUCAGAACUUCCAGUGCAAUAUACCACACUCAAGGAUAUCUCAUUUGCGGCUAUCUACUCUAGAAUGUUGUUGCUGAGUCAUUUCUCAAGAAUCAUGAUGUCCUCGUGGAAACUCUUCCAUUUAAGAUCAGGCUCUUCUGUUCAUAACACUGUGUUCAGUAUUAACCCUCUCUCCGAUGCUGGCACACGGUCCCUUCUGGCCCCUGCCUCUAUAGAAGGACUGGUGGCAGCAGUCAUCAGCAAAACAAUGAACUCAAAGCAGCAUGGCCCUAGUGUGACUGUCAACAGGCUGGCAGAUAGUGACUCCAAACUGAAGCCGGUGUUCCCACAGCUUGCCACUCAGAUACUGCAGAAGUCCUCCUCUGACCUUUGGUGCAGCUCCAGGGCCUGGAAAGUCAGCCUGACAGGAGAAGGGGCGGAUGACGCUGGUGGAGUCUUUGAUGAAACUGUCACUCAGAUGUGUGAGGAAAUGGAGAAGGGUGAAGUAAAAAUAUUUAUCCAAACCCCCAACGCCAGAAACAAGUGUGGCUUUAACACGGACAGAUAUGUCUUUGACCCUACAUGCACUUUAUCGAAAGACCUGAAACACCUCAAGUUCGUAGGCAUACUGUUUGGUGUGGCAAUGCGAACAAGAAAACCUCUAGAUCUGCAUCUGGCUCAACCAAUGUGGAAGAUGCUUGCUGGCAUGACACUCACAUCCGAAGACUUGGAAGAGAUUGACAUGAUCUUUAUCCAAUCAAUGAACGGAAUUAAAGACAUUCAUAAGAGUGGAAUGAAAGAGGAGGAUUUUGCUGAAAUGAUCCCCAUUGAGUCGUUUGAAGCUCAGAGUAUGAGUGGAAAGUUCGUACCUAUUGUUCCUGGUGGAGGCAACAUCAGACUCACAUUUCAAAACAGAAAAGAGUAUGUGGAGAAAGCGUUCUACUUCCGUCUACAUGAGCUUGACAAACAGAUUGCGACUGUGCGUGAGGGUAUGGCCACGAUUGUCCCAGUGCCCCUUCUGUCUCUCUAUACUGCCAACAUGUUGGAGAGAGCUGUGUGUGGAAGUGAAGAGAUCAACCUUCAGUUGCUCAAGAAAGUAGUUCGGUAUCGUGAUGGAACGUCAGAGACAACGUCAGUAGUGGCGUGGCUAUGGCAAACGCUCGAGUCUUUCACAAAUGACGAAAGAGUCCUCUUUCUGAGGUUUGUGUCUGGAAGAUCUCGUCUGCCAGUCAAAGUCAGUGAGAUCAACCAGCGAUUUCAGAUCUCUGUUCAAAGACAGGUCAAUGAUCACAGUCUACCCACGUCUCAAACCUGCUUCUUUCAACUUCGACUCCCAUCAUACACCUCCCAGGACAUUUUAGCUGAGCGACUUCGUUACGCUAUAACACACUGCCGCAGUAUUGACAUGGACACGUACAUGUUGAGAGGCGGAGAUGACUAUGAUACCUCCCCUCCUUAUUCCGAUGAUGAUGACAUUUAUACCUAGAUCUAGCUGAUGGGGAAAGGUGUAUAUAUAUUUAUACUUUUAGCUCACUGUGAUAUUAGUUUUAGACACAUUAUUAUUUAUUAUUGUUGCAGUAUAUUUUCUGUCAGCUGCUUCAUUAAAGUAUGCAUGUUUUAGCUCUCAAAUCGCUAUAGUCUUGUUUUGA